CAACUGCGUUACUCAGUCGCGCCUCUUCGUCUGGCAUGCGCGCACGUAAGUUAUAAUCGUAUCGUGACAGUGUCACAACAAAAACAUGUCGUUUCUCCAGCUCUGAUAAUCAGCCCCUGCUGCAAAAAACUCCUGGAAUGUAUUGCGUCCAUCGCAUUGGAAAUUCCAGCGUAUCGUACAUGCGUUAAAGUUCGCGUGCAAGACAGUGGCUCACUUCCUCGUCGAGAUAAUUUAACGCUUGACAGUGCCGUGAGACAGACGUUUUGUGUGAGCAGAAUGUCGAUGGCUCCUUACGUAAUUGACGAUCAUUCACUAAGUGUCAGCGUAUAAGAGAUGCAUAAUCGUGGAGGAGGAUGACGAAGCAGCUCAUUAAGCUGACCGGAAAAUGAAGACGACAAGGACGACUCUCAGGAGGCCGCAGUCACUGAAAAUCUCUAACACCAGUUCUCAAAGACCAGCACAUCAAAAUGAACUCCUUACUUCGAACCGUGAACUCGAUGUCCUCGAAUCAUCGGCGGAAUAUGCUGGUGCGCGAGUCCUUACAGCAACAGCUGAACACCAUGGUCAUCGAGAUGCAAAGCGCUCCGGGUGUUCUCGAGGAUGCACCUGUCGAAAUCUGCGACGAAGCUCUUGGUCUCUGUUCUGCCCUCGAGGCUAUCUUCCUUCAUGGACUCAAGGACAGCUUGCUCAACCGUGUGACCGAGGCCCUCAGCGGACCCGACUACGACGCUAUGCCUCAGCCAAGCUUUUGGGGGCCGCUGCUCGUCUUUUCUCAUAGGGGGAUCAUAGAUCAAAUACAGGCACUGAGCCAGGUAACAACGGAGGUCGGCUACUGCAGAGCCUGGAUUAGGCUAGCUCUCAACGAGGGUUUACUCUCGAGUUACCUGGCAGCCAUCCGUCGCGAUAACUCAGCUCUCAAGCCUUACUACAACCGAGCCGCCUUCAUCCGGGAUACGGAUCUGGUUGAAGUAGCUCAGUUGCUGAUGGAGAGCAUCGACUACAUCCGCUUCGAACUCGCCUCCAACUCAAGCCUGCUCAACUUUUGGUCGACUACUCCUCUGUUGAUGGCGGCUAUCUGGUCGCCGCCGAUGAAAUCUUGUCCGGUCUUUAGUGCUGUCGACAUAGCCAAGACGAUCAACAGCGAGCGCAUCGACAUCGAGGAUAAAUACGAUGAGAUCGAGACAGCGAGUUCGAUAGGUAGCCUUAGCUCCUUCAACUCAUCACAGAAUAACCUUAGCGGCUUUUCGGAGGAUGAAGCACUCAGAAUUAUUCUGGCUAAGAAAACUCGACGGCCGGAUACGCUGGCACACAGCAACAACGUCAAAGUGGUCAGAGCUACUUCUUCAGCUAUUUCUCCGACUGUCAAGAAGAUGGCUCAGGAGAACGAAAAGCCGAUCGAAGAUGCUCGGUCUGCCGGAGAAUCCUCGCAAGAGAACGGUUCCAAGGCUGAGAAACCCUUAAACGAUGUUGCAACUACUAGCGAGGAUAAGCCCGAGGAAGCAGCGAAUGAAGAAAACAAGAUGAAAAUAGAUACCGCAGCGGCAACAGUCGGGAAUUCCUUGAUCGGCAAGCUCGGUUGGUCGACGUCUUACGAGGAUUGUGAAUCAUCUAUGACUUCGUCGGUGAUCUCGAGGGCUUCCGAUGCACCUCAAACCCCCGGCGAGGGUCCGACUUACGAUGCUUUGCUCAAGAGCUACCACAACGGUAACUACAAGUCACCCAACCUAGAGGAACUGUUGGAGAAAUAUCCUGCCUACCAGCCUGUUGUAGCGUCGACGACAAUGGACGCGACAGAGCCACGCGAACGUAGGAGCUUUGAUAAACAGUUAGGCCGGUUGGCGCGCGAAAAGGGCCUUGACUUGCAAAACUACAACUGCAUGGAGUGCGGUCAGUUGAUCGGACUCUCCUUCGCCAAGGCCAACGUCUGCUGCUUCUCCGGUGACUACUUCUGCUGCAAUUGCAUGUCGGGUGAGGAGUACCUCAUCCCCGCGCGCGUUAUUCACAACUGGGAUCUCAAACGCUAUCCAGUCUGCAUCAAGGCCGCCAAGUAUCUUUCAGAGUGCUCGACUCUGCUGGACCUGAAAAUUCUUAACCCGAGAAUCUACUCGGCCGUCGACUCGAUGGCGCAAUUGCAAUCGUUAAGAGUACAGCUGAAUUUGCUCAGAGCAUAUCUUUUCACCUGUAGGGAGCCCAUCAUAGAGUCGUUCCAAAAGAAAGUUGCUCCCAAGGAUUAUCUCUACGAGCACGUACAUCAGUAUUCGGUGUCAGAUCUGCCUGAUAUUCCAAAUGGAACUCUGGCUCAGCAGCUACAAAAAGUCGUUGAGUUUGCCAAAAAUCACGUGAUGAGCUGCUGGCUCUGCAGUCAGAAGGGAUUCAUCUGUGAGGUGUGCAACAAUCCGAAGGUCAUUUAUCCGUUUGACAUUCAGUCCACCUACCGAUGCGGGGCCUGCAAUGCAGUUUUCCAUUCGGAUUGUUUGAAUGCAACCAAACCUUGCCCGAAAUGCGAACGUCGACGCAAACGGAUGGAUCUGCCGUUGUUAGACAUGGGUAAUCCAGACCUUCUUAAUGAAACUACAUUAUCGCCACCAAUCGCUACAACUUAAAAUUUAAAUUGUCGGGAGUCAAUGUAAUAACAGUAUUUUAAAAGAAAAAUCAUAGUUAGUCAUGUACAAUUGUAUAAAGGAAUUUAACUUUUAUUCGUAUUUUUAGCGUUGAAUUACUUGUCGAUGCAAGAAAAUCAGAUUUGCUUCUUAAACACGCAUUGCAAACAAUGCAGUUGAUGCUGCUCUGAAGAUUUUCUAGUUUUUGCUUCGACACUAAUUAUAAAGAAAAAAAAGAUUAAGACAUUUAUAAUAAACGAAACCUUAGCAUAAAAAGGUGGAGAAAUUUUUUUAUGAAUUAACUUUGUAUAAUAAUAAUUAUAUUUAUUUUAAUUUUAUGUACAAAAGUAAUAAAAUAGACACGGCUGCUUGCUACAAUAAAGUCGAUUUUUUCAAA